AUGCGCUCCGUCAAGCUUGUACCUUUCCUUUCGACACUGAUCCUAGCCCUGACGGCUUCCGUCAAAAGCUACGAGAUCAAUGCUGGCGAGCAGAUUUGGCGGGCUGGUCAAUCUGUCGAGGACGGAGUUGCAAACCUCAGCGAGCACAUCGGCAACGCUCUCCGACGCAACACCAAUGCGAUCAAUCCGACGGCGGAUGCUCCUCGGAGGUUCUUCAAUUACCUUGGCCAGCAGGGCCGACUUGAUCCAUCCGAAUGCGUUGAUCUGGCAAAGCGGUCAGACACUCGAUGUCGGAAUCGAAGUUCUCAAGGAACACAUACUUCACAAUCUAAUGUUGAACAGAGGACUGACCUACAAGAGAGUUUCCUUCGCAAAGUCCGAGGAAUUCAACGCAAUCCAGUUCUAGGAGCAGAAUGGAACCGGUGGUACGAACUCGAGAUCCGUCGCACCGAGACACCUGAAGCCAGGGCACUACGUCAAGCAGAAAGGGCAAGAGAGCUGGAUAGACAGUAUAGGUUGCAAGGGCCUCGUUUUGGUGGACCUUGGUAG